AUGUUAGAGAAAGCUACAGACGCUGUUCAGAAUGCCAAAAUCUAUGCGAAACGACAAGCUGUCCUCGCCGUUGUGCAUCUUUGGACCACCCGCCUCGCGCUCGUCAGCGGCAUAACGACAUUCUUCGUUUCAAUGGAUUCUCUUCUCUUCUCCCUCUCCUCCGUCGUAACUCACGUCCAGGACGAAGAGUGGAGCGCCGUUGACAAGCUCACGACGGCCUGUUUCGCCGGCGCGCUCAUUCUCCAUAUCUGCUCAGCGAUCAUCUCGUUCAUGGGCUCGUUCGCGCUUGUGCGCCUCCAGCUCCUGGACGCCGACCAACAAGAGGUAGAAGCAGGAAUACCGCCUGAGAAAGCGCUGCCUCUCGAAUUUUCGGAGCUAGGGAGACUGUGGAAGGCGACAUUCGACGACGUGUACAGCCGAGUAGCUUUCCACCGUCCGCUCGCCAGGCGCUGCUCUAACGAGUCGCUCCUCGACCCCGGUCCUCCCGUAGAGCUACUAGCGUGUUGCAGCGCACUCGCCGUGGUUAUGACCGGGGUGGGCUUCAUCCUGGCAGUGGUGGGCAUCCUGACGUAUGUGUGGACCGUCACGCCAUUGAGCAUAGGCAUCUUCACGUCGGCGUGCUUUGGCGGGUGCAUUCUUACAUGCGGUGUUGUGUCGUUUAGAUACGCAAUUCUCACGAGAUGA